CAUCUUAUCUGUUUUUAUUGUUUGCGUGUAUCAGUCGCCAGAAAGGCUUCGCUUCCGUUCUUCAUCUUUAGCUUCACGGCUCUUCUCAAAACAAACUGUCCGACCUCAUAGGGGAAAGAAAAAAAACAAAAAUCAAACCCUUUUCUCCAAUCUGUAUAUUAUUUUCAGUUACCGGAGUUUGUUUUAUCCUUCAAAUUGCCAUCAUCUAAACUUAAUCGUACUGAGCCUCUGUUAUAGAAGAAUAGCAAUCGGUUUUCUUUUCGGGGGGGUUUUUGAUCGGGUAUGGCCGUGUUGCUAGAGGACAUUUUGCAAUCGUUAGAGCUAUGGCUGAAGCUGAUGAAGAAGGACCCACAACCUUACGUGGAUCCGAAUCUUGACCCGGUCUUGUUGGUGCCUGGUAUCGCGGGUUCGAUUCUGAAGGCAGUGGACACUGACAAUUGUAAUAAGGAUGAACGGGUUUGGGUUCGAAUUGUUAGGGCUGAUUAUAAGUUUCGCACAAAGCUUUGGUCGCGCUUCGAUCCUUCGACUGGUAAAACUGUGACUUUAGAUCCCAAAACAAGUAUUCUGGUACCGGAAGACAGAUAUGGAUUGCAUGCAAUCGAUGUCUUGGAUCCCGACCUGGUAAUAGGACGUGAUUGUGUUUACUAUUUUCAUGAUAUGAUUGUUGAAAUGAUCAAGUGGGGUUUUCAAGAAGGAAAAACAUUGUUUGGAUUUGGGUAUGAUUUUCGUCAAAGUAAUAGGUUGCCAGAGACAAUGGAGUGCUUUGCUAAAAAAUUAGAGUCGGUGUAUAAUGCUUCUGGUGGGAAGAAGAUAAACAUCAUAAGCCAUUCUAUGGGUGGUCUUCUGGUUAAAUGUUUCAUGUCCUUGCACAGUGAUAUUUUUGAGAAGUAUGUGAAAACUUGGAUUGCCAUUGCUGCACCUUUCCGUGGUGCACCUGGUUACAUCACAUCUACUUUCCUAAAUGGGAUGUCAUUUGUUGAAGGGUGGGAACAGAACUUCUUUAUAUCAAAGUGGAGCAUGCACCAGCUGGUGGGAAUGCACCCUAAAGCACUCAUUGAAUGUCCAUCAAUAUAUGAGUUGAUGGCUUGUCCACAUUUUAAUUGGCAACAUAUCCCUCUUCUGGAAAUCUGGAGGGAGAAGAAAGAUAGCGAUCACAAUCCUCAGUUAAUCCUUGAGUCAUAUCCCCCUGAAGGAAGCAUAAAAGUUUUCAAAGACGCUCUUUCAAGUAACUCGGUCAAUUAUGAUGGGAUGGAUAUUCCUCUUCCUUUCAACUUAGACAUCUUGAAAUGGGCUAAUGAAACACAAAAGAUCUUAUCUUCUGCUAAAGUUCCUUCUCAAGUGAAAUUCUACAACAUAUAUGGGACUAACCUUGAGACUCCUCACAGUGUUUGCUAUGGAAGUGAGGAAGCACCUGUUACAGAUAUCCAAGAACUGCGAUUUUUCCAGCCCACAUAUGUAUGUGUUGAUGGUGAUGGGACAGUUCCUGCUGAAUCAGCUAAGGCAGAUGGACUCAAUGCAGAAGCAAGAAUUGGAGUCCCUGGUGAGCACAGAGGAAUUCUCAGUGAACAUCAUGUGUUUAGGAUUCUCAAACACUGGCUAAGGGCAGGUGAUCCAGAUCCUUACUACAACCCAGUAAAUGAUUAUGUGAUUCUACCCGCUGCUUUUGAUGUUGGGACCCACAAAGACAAAGGCUUACAAAUUACAUCACUCAAAGAGGAAUGGGAAAUCAUCUCAGCCUCUGGAGAUGCAGACGAUCUGGCUGACAAAAAGGCUGUAGUGAGUUGUCAUGCAGAUGCAGGACAGCAAGGAACAUAUGCCACUGUGAUUGUUCAUCCUAAGGAUGAGGGGAAGCAACACAUUCAGGUAAAUGCUGUUAAUGUUGGUGUGUGUUGAUACUAAGAGACGGUUGCUUUAAAC